CGGGUGGCUCCCGUCCCGGCUGCUGGCCCGAGCCCGGCGGGAUUCCGGCUGCGCCUGGCACGGGGCCGAGCCCGCUCGCCUGCCAGGGAAGGAGCCGCCGCCGCCGCCGCCUGGCUCGGCUGUGCUCAAUGAAGCUCGCGUGAGGAGCCGCCGCCGCCGCCGCCGCCGCGACCCUCCUGCUGCUGCUGCGUCUGGCCGGGGCGGGCUCGACCCCGCGGCUGCCCCCCCACGCCCGCCGCCGCGCCCCCAGCACCGACCGGGGUGGCCCCGAUGGAGGCGGGCGGCUGGCCGCGGGGCCUGAGAGCCGCGCUGUGGCUGUGCUGCUGCCUGCUGCCGGACUGGGCGAGCCUCACCUGGAACCACCACGCCGGCCUCCAGUACGCCCCUCGGAGGAACUGGUGUUCGUACACUGUCACAAGGAUGGUUUCCUGCCACAUCCAGAACGGCACCUACCUCCAGAGAGUCUUCCAGAGCUGCCGGUGGCCGAUGGGUUGCACCGGGGGCAGCUAUAGAACAAUUGUCAGACCAAUGUACAAGCAAGCCUACAAGAUGGUCACCGCUCUGGAGUGGAAGUGCUGCGCGGGACAUACGGGGGUGAACUGCGAGGCAGAGACUGUCAGCUACUUGGAUGCUCAGGAACCUGGCCAUGGGAGUGCCCCUCUGCGCAGGCUGCCUGUCCGACCCGCCUCCUAUUCUGGUUGUUUAAACUGCAGCAGAUUCUCAGAGCUCUUGGAACGCCUCCACGUCCUGGAAGCGAAGGUAGCGACCCUUUCGGUGGCUGAGUCCGUGGCUUCCCCGGUACCCGUUGGACGGCUGAAGGGAGACGCCUCUGCAGAUUCCUCGGCUCUGUGGGGUUCUCUGGCUGCCCAGGGGAGCCCAGGAGACGAUGGUGUGAAAGGUUCUCCAGGCCCACGAGAGAAGCUGAGGAGCUCCCUUCCAAGGUGGGAUGGGAGACUGGCCUCACGGGGACCCCCAGGCCCUGUGGGUCCGAAAGGAGAUGCAGGCAUCCGGGGACCAUCGGGGAUUCCUGGGGUCAAGGGCCCUGCUGGACCUCAAGGUCCCGCAGGCCCUCCGGGUCCUCCAGGGCGGGAUGGCACACGAGGCUUCCCUGGAGAGAAGGGUCUCCCAGGACCCCCGGGCCCACCAGGGCCCCCAGCUCCUGUAGGGCCAAAGGUAUCGCAGCUCCCAGACCAAGGGGACCCUCUUUUGUCCAACACCUUUAUCGAAGCAGGUAUCACGGGGCCAGCUGGACCCCCAGGGCUCCCUGGACCGGUUGGUCCCCCAGGGCCAAUGGGAAUGCCAGGACCACCUGGACGUGAUGGAGCUCCCGGAAUGCCAGGUGUGGACGGGGCAGCAGGUACCCCUGGGGGGAAAGGAGAAAGGGGACCACAAGGAUAUCCUGGCCACAGAGGUCUGGAUGGAGAGCGUGGGGAGCCAGGCCCCAAGGGUGAACCGGGCGAGAAGGGCAGCUGGGCCAUUAGCUUACACAGCUUCCUAGAGCAGCAGGCUCAGCUGGAGCUCCUGGCUAGGAGGGUCACCUUGCUGGAGGCUAUCAUCUGGCCAGAACCAGAGCCAGGAUCCGGCCUCGGCCCGGUCUCCCCCAGCACGCCCAGUUACUAUCGGGGCAAGCGUGAGGAGAGCAUGGCAGCCUACAGGAUGAUCUCGCAGCAUCUCUCCCAGAAGAGCGAGGACGAGAGGAAAUGAAGAGGGCCCCGCCGGCCGGUCGGAUGCAGGAGAAGGCCUGGCGGCCGCAGCAGACUCCUCCAAGGUGGCCUCCGCCCAACUGGGACCGUCCACACAGAGAACCAGCAGAGGGGCGCCCCGGGUGGGCGGCCACCGUCUGCUUGCUAACACGGCCCUUGUAUUUAUUUGGUCCCCUCCUUUGGCACAAGGAGUCUGUAACCAGCGCUAUGAUGUGCCUGCAUGCGUGUGUGUCCCUGCCUGGCCUGCACCUUUCACUGUUGCCAGAAUUAGGCCGCUGUCUUGUGUUCUGCAAGGGUGGGCGGGUGGGUUCACCGCCCCUUGGUGCUAUUUGACAGGGAUCUCCCAUUCUUCCGCCCCACAGGCUGUCUGGUCGCUUGCUUGCCGAAGCUUCCUUGCCACUCGGGGCGAGCGGACAGUGCCCAUUCCGCUCUUAACCCCAACAGGUCAGUUUUGAUCCUCACCGCUGUGUUCUGCUCCUGUUCCCCAUGGCUGGCCCUAGCCAGGGUCUUGGGGAAGGAAAACUCAGGGCUUUUCCAGAUGGUUGCUUUCCUGGGCAAAGGGGACGCGAUUCUUUCCCUGUGGAGGCAGGAAACAUCUUUCCGUUGCUCACACUGCCAUCCUCGCUGAAGAGAUCCGAUUUCCCAGCUUUACUCUUGUAUUUCAUAUUCACUUGUUGCACGGUGCUGGCUGUGGCUGCAUGCCGUGAGCACCUAUUGGCUAGUGCCUGUGCCAUCGCAGGUGACUAACCUCACACCCCAUGCCAUUUUGAGGACUUUUGAGCACAAACACCCAUUUUAAUUUAAUAAUAUUAUUUUUUAGCCUGAGGAGGCUGAGCAUCCUCCACAUCACUGUGCCAUUCCCAUGGAAGCAUAGAAUGUUAGAGCUGAAAGGGACAUUUAGAGGCCUUCUCAGUGCAGGACAUGUUUAUAUUUCUGAACUGAAGAAGUGAUGGGAAAACUGGCAGACAUGAGCACCGUGACCCCCCUCUCAUCCAGCACUGUUUUGCCAUUUUGGAAUCUUAUUUCUCUGGCUUUUAACAAAAGGUUUUCAACUGGGCAAUCUCUAUCUCUGGUGUUAAGAGUGCACACCCGCCCUAUUUUUAAAUGUGUUUAAAAAGACUUGCUAGAAAGAUGAUAGCACACACCCCUGCAAAAACAAAACAAAACAAAACACAAACCCUACUUGAGAUGAGAGGUGGUCUUGUGAAAGCGAGCAUGAAGUGUCUCUCUUGCUAAGCAGGGUCUGCCUUGGUUUGCAUUUGGAUGGGAAAAUGUGAGUGCUGUGUGGCAUAGCGCCAUAGCUCAGUGGAAGAACAUCUCUUUUGCAUGCAGAAGGUCCCAGGUUCCGUCCCUGGCAGCAUCUCCAGGUAGGGCUGGGAAAGACUCCUGCCUGCAACCUUGGAGAAGCCGCUGCCAGUCUGGGUGGACAAUACUGAGCUAGAUGGACCAAGGGUCUGACUCAGUAGAAGGCAGCUUCCUAUAUGUAGGAAUAUGUGUCUCUAUAUAGAUGUAUACAGAUGUAUAGAGAAGAGAGCUGGUCUUGUGGUAGCAAGCAUGAUUUUGUCUCCUUAGAUAAGCAGGAUCUGCCCUGGUUGCAUAUGAAUGGGAGACUAGAAGUGUGAGCACUGGAAGAGAUCCCCCUCUGCAGCGGAUGGAGCUGCUCUGGGAAGAGCAUCAAGGUUCCAAGUUCCUUCCCUGGCAGCAUCUCCAAGAUAGGGCUGGGAGAGAUUCCUGCCUGCAACCUUUGAGAAGCCACUGCCAGUCUGUGAAGACAAUACUGAGCUAGAUAGACCAAUGGCCAGACUCAGUAUAUGGCAGCUUCCUAUGUUCCUAUACAUAUCUAUGUACUUGCUGCAAGGUCAUUUGCCCCCACUGUGUGGGUCACAGGAUUGGGCCCAUGUUUUAGUGUUGACUUUAGGGCUAAUGGAAAAAUCAAUCCCGCCCUGACCCUCGAUCACCGGUGUGGCAUUUCUCAGGUUAUAUGACUCGGGUUCUUUCUCUUGCCACUGAGGUCUUGAGUGCUGCCUCCCAGGCAUAACAAAAAGAAUCAUAUCCUUCUCUCCAUAACCCCAUGUGCAAUGUUUAGUUUGUAAGCAGGGAGCCGUAAUUCCAGCUAUUUCUUAUUUAGCAGUCGAAUAUAGGCUUGCUUUUCGUUGGUUUGUGAAAGCAAACUUGCAACUGCCCUGCAGAUAUCUCAGAGUGCUGUCCAUGGUGUUUCCUCACAACAGCCCUGUGAGGUAGGCUGGGCUAAGAGAUCCUGCCUUUGCUGAAGUUGCAUAGUUUAGCCGGGAUUUCAACCCAGUUGUUCCCCUGUCCAGAUCCAGGACAGCAUGGGAUCUGUCUGCACCGACUCUCUGUUGGAGCUUGUCGUGUGGUAUGUUUUGGGCAGGCUAGUCUCCUGCUGGUCCACAGGACCACACACAGCAGGCGCAUGAAGUAUACUCACCUGGCUUCCAAAAGAUGGGAGUGACAAUAUCACUUUGGGAUAGUUUGGGUCCAAAUGCUUGGAAUGUGAGAAGUAGGCCACGAGAUCUGUUCUAGAAAGCACAGACAUGCCACACGAUCCUUUUUGAAGACCCAGGCCUCCACAUAUUCCCCCAAAUACUGACUAGAAUCUUUUUUUAAAGUUGAGAUUCGCAGAAUCCCGUGCCAGUUGUCAGAUGAUGACUGACCACGGAGACAGAUGGGAAAUUUUAGUUGACUGUUUCGGCUUACACCUUCAUUGGCAACAGGUGGGUUGUCUUUUUAAAAGCUUGUGUGAACACACACCACUCAAGAGGUCGCAGUUACGGAUGCUGUGUUAGCAGAAUUCCAGGGCAGGUGAGCAGAAUGAUGGACAGAGGUUACAGAGGGAUGUAAGGCGGUUUUAUGUAUUCCCCGUAGGUACCCAAAUCAAAGGUGAGACUGUAUUUAAGAUGACCCCCUUAAAUAAUGGAGGCUAAAUGCUGCUUAUACCUGCAUCAGCUUGAAAGGAACAGGACUCUGAAUUUAAGACGGCCUCCGGAUUUCUAAUAUCAAAACACUUGGGGGAAAUCUAGUCUUGGGGUCAGGUAAAUACAGCAUCCUGUAUUUCCCCCAAGGGUCUUGAGUCAAUAGAGCCACAAAAUUUCCAGUUUGUCCAGCAUCUCAUGGUUUGUCUGUUGCUGAAUAGGAAACAUUGAGGAAAUAUAGGAGAGCUGGUCUUGUGGUAGCAAGCAUGACUUGUCCCCUUUGCCAAGCAGGGUCUGCCUUGGCUUGCAUUUGAAUGGGAGACUCCAUGUGUGAGCCCGGCUCUUCCGUCUGGGAACAGCACCUGCCUGCUUGUUUGCAGAAAGUUCCGAGUUCCCUCCCUGGCAGCAUCUCCAAGAUUGGGCCGAGAGAGACUCCUGCCUGCAACCUUGGAGAAGCCGCUGCCAGCCUGGGUAGACAAUACUGAGCUAGAUGGACCAAGGGUCUGACUCAGUAUUAGGCAUCUUCCUCUGUUCCUAAUAUUUCCAUAUUGGUGAGACAAUGGUUGCCAGAGUCGAAAUAUCUGGCCACAGGUUGUUCCAGUUUCUUAUCCACUGUUAUCGUCAUUAUUCACAUAUCCACAGUAGGGCAAUUUAGACCCAACCUCGUUAUCCGUGGUUAAAAAAAAUAGGCAACAUUCACCUACUGUAUCCGCGGUUCCUGGAUGGUUGGCAAUGACUUCCAAUGUCAUUUCUGGCCACCAUUUUGUAACUCUUAAAAAAAAAAUUCCCCAAGAACAUUUGAAAAAAUUCUCAAAAACAUGGUGGAUUGAGCGUGGGGGCUUCAGCUGGAGGCCCGGAGAGCAUAGUAUUGUGUUUUAUUCCCUUUAUUUCUGCUUUUUGGGACCCUUUUUCAGCCUCAAGGAACCCAAUCCCCCAGGUCCCAUUGACUCAAGGUUUUCAUUAUUUGCAGUUUCCAUAUCCGCUCCAAUAAGCAAGAACGGAACCCCCACGAAUAACGGCCAUCUGUGUGUGUGUGUGUGUGUGUGUGUAAUUUUUUAAAUUUUUUCUCUAUGUAAACUGCUUUGAGAACUGUUUUGUUGAAAAGUGUCCUAUAACUAAUUGCAAUAAAUAAUUACAUCAAG